UGAGCAGUGGUUUAGUCUUCAUUUGAGCCAUUUGGCGCGGCUGUCCUCAUGUUGUGUCGGUCUCUUAUUAACCGCUCCCGGACCGGGCCACGUGGUCUGCUGCCACAGUUUCCCCUACACCAUCUCUUAGAUUGUUAUCAGUGUGCUAAAACAGAUGACCACCCGUCCUAUGGAGAAAUGGAAAUGCUGGUUCCUCCUUUUGGCUGCACCUUUUCAACUGUUCCAGACCUGCAGCACAUACUUGCUGUUACCAAUGAAGAUGGAUUUGUUAGGCUGUAUGAUACCCAAACACAAGCAAGUGACAAGCAGGUUUUUAGAGAGUGGCAAGCACACACCAAUGCUGUUUUUGAUCUGGCCUGGGUGCCCAAUGAUCACAAAAUUGUUACUGUUUCAGGAGAUCAAACAGCAAAAGUGUGGGAUGUAAAAACUGGUGAACUCUUGGGGACGUGCCGAGGACAUCAGUGCAGCCUCAAGUCUGUUGCUUUUUCCAGAUUUGAGAGAGCUGUGUUCUGUACUGGAGGAAGGGAUGGAAACAUCAUGGUUUGGGACACCCGCUGCAACAAGAAAGAUGGGUUUUACAGACAAGUGAAGCAAAUAAGUGGAGCCCACAACGUAAUGGACAAACAUAUGCUCUCCAAACUGAAGAAGAAAAAACAGAGCGGGAGAGGACUGGCUCCUUCAGUGGAUUUCCAGCAGAGUGUAACAGUGGUGCUACUUCAAGAUGAACACACCUUAAUUUCUUCAGGAGCAGUUGAUGGUGUAAUCAAGGUAUGGGACCUGCGCAAGAUCUAUACCACAUAUCGGCAGGAUCCAGUGCCAUCCAGAUCUUUCAGCUACCCUGGGACUAGCACACGUAAACUUGGUUAUUCUAGUCUUGUUUUGGACUCCACUGGUACCAGCCUCUUUGCUAAUUGCACUGAUGACAGUAUAUAUGUGUUCAAUAUGUCAAGUGCAAAGGCCACCCCAGUACUGACUUUCAGCGGACAUCAGAACUCCAGUUUCUAUGUCAAAUCAGGCAUCAGCCCAGAUGACCAGUUCUUGAUUAGUGGCUCAAGUGACCAGUACGCCUAUAUCUGGAAGGUGUCCAAGCCCCAACUUCCUCCUGUAAUGCUCUUUGGUCACAUGGAAGAAGUCACUUCAGUUGCCUGGUGUCCUUCUGAUUUCUCUAAGAUUGCCACAUGUUCAGAUGACAACACCAUCAAGAUUUGGCGCUUAAGACGAGGCAAGGAAGGCAAGUUGAUGGACAAAAGCAAUUUGAUGGGUUGGCCCUGUCAGAGGAAAGUUAGAGAACAAAAUGAAAUAGAAAUUAUAAGCAGCCAGCAGAGUACUCCUGCUAAAGUUACGGCAGUGGGCAGCCCCCAUAUUUCUUCACCACAGCCUGCAGCUUGUGCUCCAGCUUACAUGGGAGAUCUUCCUCUUUCCACCAACACACCAACAUCAUCUUCUGUCAACCCCCCAGCCACUGUGGCCUACACACCAGCAAGGCAAAGGGAAGCCCCUUCUGGCACUUCACCCAAAUCAGCACCUCCCUCAGUGAUGUCCAUCAGGCACUGGAUUACCAAGGCUCCAAACUUAUCUCCUCCAUUGAAGGGAUCAAAGACACUUUCUCCUCGAAAGGCCCUGGCAGAAAUUUCUCAGAUUCUACCUGGGGUCCCUUCUACUCCUAAAUCCAUACAUUUGCCAUCUGAAACACGAGCCAAGAGGAGACUAGAAUCCAGUGAGGACAGUAAUGCAAAACGAAAGUGCCCCAAAAGUUGCAACUGUGUGACUGACCCUGAUCAAGAUCCUAAAAAAUCCAGACUGGAACAGUAUACUCUGCCAGUAAAUUCAAAGUCUUGUGGUGAAGACUGUCUGACUCUUAAUGGAAUAGCAAAGGCCACUCAAAGCCAGAAGGAAUCUUCCCCUCCUAGACAUCCAUAUUCUGCAGCAGGCUUGACAGAUCUCCCAGUUCCUCUCAAGGUUUCUUGUGGCAAAAUGCUUGACAAGGAAAAUGGUUCUGAUGACAAAAACUGGCUGUCUGCUCUGGGGGACAAGCUGCGGACUAACAAAUUUGGGGGCCAGAAUGGAUCAGGCAAUAGUGUUAAGUUGUCACAGAGUUCUAGCACAAGACGACAGGAACCUGGGGCAGGAAUUGGUUCACCAGCAUCGCAGCUUCCAACUUGUUCCGUACCCAUGCGAAAGAUAUGCACAUACUUCCAGCGAAAAUCACAAGAAGAUUAAGCAGUGUUCUGCAUUUGCUGGCAUGUUUUGAUAUACUUUACACUACUGAAAAUGAAUUGUGUAUCACCCAUAGAAAGAGACAACAGUGUUCUCAGAGUUGAAAGUUUUGUUCCCAUGUUUAUUUUAAUUCUUUUAAAAUCUGUUACCCAUUUAUUGCGUAAUAUUAGGUAAGACAUCAGCUAAAAGUUCUAGUUUUUACAAAUAUUUCUACCAGUAUUAUCAUUCUGUCCAUAUUUCUUCUUUGGAAAUGGCCAUUAAGAUAUGGUGCUGCAAUAUUAAAUACUGUUUCUCUCUAUGUGUGUAUAUGUAUAUUGUCAUAAAAGUACUUGAAAUGCCUUCAGUUUCAGAGGACAGUGUAGCAAAGUUAGCGUUCUGCUUGUAGUGAUGAAAUGGGUGAACCAGUCCCCUGGAUUACUGUCUCCAUAAUGUGAAGCACUGAGUUUACCCUUGUUGUAAAUGACAUUGUAAAUGAGACCUUGUUUUUUGUGAACAUGAAGCUUCUUAAAAUUGCUGACUCUUUCAUUUCACUUCUACUAGAGCAUAUGUAAACAGAGUGGAAGUUAUAGAAACAAAUUGAAAAAUAAUAGGAAAAGGUCUGAUGUUUGUACCCCAAAACCUCUUUCAUGUUAACUCUGCUGUGUGCUCUUGAGGGCGUGCAAGGGUCUAUGAGUAAUUUAGAAUAUGAGCAUCACAUACAACUCACAGUGGUGUGGAAAGUAUCAUAUCAUGUGACAUGCUCAUAAGUGGAAAACUUUGGCGUUAACUGAGAACUCACAGC